AUGGCCUCGGAACUCGAGAACUCAGACGACGUCCAGUCCCUGUCGCCGCACGCAAGUCACAACGACUCAGGAACCUCGCAAAAUCCCAUUGCUAUUUCUGAUGAUGAUAACGAUGUCGUCUUUGUGCGCCGGAAGCGGUCGCGGACCCAGCCUCGCAACCAGGAUCCCAUUGUCAUUUCCGAUGAUGACGAUGUCGUCUUUAUGCGCCAGAAGCGGUUGAGGACUCCCCCCGUCAUGCACGAGCCUAUCAAGUACGAACCUGUCAAGCACGAACACGAACCCGUCAAGCAUGAACCUGUCAAGUGCGAACCUAUCAAGCACGAAUCCAUCAAAAAGGGAGACCUUUCCGACGAGGAUUUGACCAUAGUGGCCCCUCUGGCCCCUCUGGCCCAUCGGAUUCCACGGCGCACUACGAGGACCAAAAGAAAGUACUACGACGAUGAACAACUAGGCUUGGUUCAACCCCGCUCUAACUCGGUCGCUCCGCCCUUCGCAGAGAGGAACUCUGAUGGUGAUGACGAGUUCAACAUCACACCUUCCACCUUGCCUGUCCCUAGUUCAAGCCUUCCCCGUCGCUCUCUCCCUGGCUCGAUUUCUGGACCAAUCGCCCCGCCCAAGACGAAGUGGGAAUACAACAGCAACAGCGAGGGGAACGCCGACAGCGAUGGCGAGUUCAACAUCACACCUUCCACCCUGCCUGUCCCCACUUGGCUGCCAUGGAUCUGGAGGUGA